AGAUUGAGAAGAAAAGAUGUCAACAUUGAACAACCAUUUGUUUGAACUCCAAGACACAAUUUGCUAUGUGCAAUGUGGAUAUUGUACUACAAUAUUACUUGUUAGUGUGCCAUGCAGCAGCUUGUGCAACAAAAUAGUAACAGUGAGAUGUGGGCAUUGCACUACUCUCCUCUCUCUCAACUUGGUUAAACCUUCUCUUCAUCUCUUUGCUUCCUUCAACCAAACUCAUCAGCAGCCAAAGCCGCCAGUUGACAAGGAGGAAAUUGAUGAUGCUAAUAAGAAGAAUGCAAACUCAGAAAGCCAAAUUAUGACCUCAUCAGAUGAAGAAGAUCAAUUGGAGAAUAAUGUUCUUCCUCUUAAUCAAGUCGUUAAUAAACCUCCAGAGAAGAGACAAAGAGCUCCAUCGGCUUAUAAUUGCUUUAUCAAAGAAGAGAUCAAGAGGCUGAAGACUCUAUAUCCCAACAUGACUCACAAGCAAGCUUUCAGUACCGCAGCAAAAAAUUGGGCCCACUUUCCACCAAGUCAACAUAGAGGAGGCUGUAGUGUUGGAGACAGGAAAAUGGCAAAGGUUUCUGCUGCAAGAAAUUCUAUGGUCCCAAGAGAUAGCAAUGGUUUAAUUCCUUGAAAGAAA